UAUAUAAACCCCUGCCUAGCUAGAAAGAGUUGCCCCUCAUCCUCCUUUGUCGUAAUAUCCUUUUCUUCUGCUGAUCUAGAAAGAGAAAAUGAAGACAAUGGAGGAAAGAAGAGCUAGAUCUCUCAUGGUGGUUUUUAUGGUGUUGGGUAUGGCUGUCGGGCAGUCAAAUGCUUCUUCUUUCGGUGACUGCUACAAGGGCUGUUUCCUUUUAUGUGUACUUACUACUAGUAAUUCUCUAGUUUCAUGUGGCGCUGAGUGUUUGAAAGAUUGCAUCAUUCCAUCAUCCAUCACCUCUUUAACCGGGAAAGAGCAAACUCAUUAUUUCUGCAAGUUUGGUUGUGCUUCCUCUUUGUGCACCAAUUUCAGCACCAAACAAGACCCAGGGGAAGAGAAAGUGGCAAAAUGUGUGGAUUCUUGCUCAAGCAGAUGUUCCAAGAACUUCUCACCAUGAAGAUCUUAAGAGGAUUGAAGAUUUGUGGGUUGGUGUUACUAUGAAUCAGUAUCAUAUAUUUGAAAAAUGAAUAAAACCCAUGAUAGAUCUUGGAUUAAAUUGUGUUUGAUUUCUCACUCACGUUGCCAAGUUUCAAGAAAAAGAAAAUUGAAGGAUUAUAUAAAUAAUAUAUAGAUAAAAAACAUGUUGUAGCAGAUUCA